UUUGACGAGAAUAAGAAUAGAGACGAACAGGCGCUUCUCCUCAUAUGACAGGAUCUUUAUAUCUGGAUGAUUUUCCCGCCCUCAGCUCUUUAUAGCGGCUGCGGAUGUGUUGGAAUGUCCAGGACGGGGAAUACAGGUGAGCAGCUACUUGUUGACAUAAACGACCUCGUCUCGCUUUAAAACACAGCCAAGACAUUACAAUGAAACCUCAGGACACUGGAAACGAAAAGAGCAACUUGUGGAUAUUCGGGUAUGGCUCCUUGGUGUGGAAACCCAAUUUUUCUUACAAAAGGAGUCAAAUCGGCCACAUUGUGGGAUACAAAAGGCGCUUCUGGCAUGGAGAUAAUUUCUAUCGAGGGAACAAGGAAAUGCCCGGCAGAGUGGUCACACUGGUGGAGGAUCAGGAGGCUUGCACAUGGGGGGUUGCCUAUGAGGUGACUGACUCCAAGGCUGAAGAGUCCCUCCAGUACCUGAACAUGAGAGAGGUUGUGCUGGGGGGUUACAUAAUGGAGACGGUAGAGUUCAUCCCUCAGGAGAAGGGUCAGGCUCCUCUGUUGGCCCUCGUCUACAUCGCUACUUCUGACAACCCUAUGUACCUCGGCCCGGCCUCGGACAGGGAGAUGGCUGCCCAGAUUUCUGCCUGCAGGGGCAACGCGGGCCACAAUACUGAAUACCUGGUGCGCCUGGCAGAGUUCAUGAGGCUCUACUGUCCCGAGGUAGAGGACGAGCACCUCUUCUCCAUCGAGGCGGCUGUUCUGAACAUUUUCCACGACUGCGGAGGGAUCAGUCACAUAGACCCAAAACCCCGACUGCUGGGAGCUACAUAAAAGGCUGCAUCAGGCACUCCACAUAAUGACAAAGAUACUGUUUUAUGCUGAGUGACACAAAAAUCAAGGGUAUUCGGUGCUUCAAAGGAAAGAAAAUAUAACAGUGGUGACAUUUUGGGUGGCUGGCUAUUUCUAGGCCGUAACAUAACCUCACAGAGUUAUCUCGUGUUCCUCAGCACUUUACUUUUGACCUCCUUUCGUGAUAUUUUUGGACUAUG